AUUCAAUAGCCUUUAUUUUUUUUGUAGGUUGAAUGACAGUGAAGUUGAAAGGCAUCACUUUAAAGAUCACGAUAUGUACUCUGACAAAUCUGAUAAGGAAAACGACCAUGACCACGAGGAAUCUGAUAAUGAUGGAUUGGGGAAAAGUGAAGAAAGCGAUAGCGACACAUCGGAGAGACAGGAUGAUUCUUACAUUGAUCCAGAACCAAUUGAUAUCAAGGAAACUACUUACGUAGAACAGAGUCAUGAAGAACUUGGGGAGGCUGGGGAAGCUGCUCAGACAGAAGUAGUGUCAGAAGAAAACAAAAGUCUGAUCUGGACACUACUGAAGCAAGUCCGGCCAGGAAUGGACUUAUCCAAGGUUGUACUGCCUACAUUUAUCUUGGAACCUCGUUCUUUCCUGGACAAGCUAUCUGAUUACUACUACCAUGCAGACUUUUUGUCUGAAGCUGCUCUUGAAGAGAAUGCUUACAACCGCAUGAAAAAAGUAGUGAAGUGGUAUUUGUCAGGAUUCUACAAAAAGCCAAAGGGACUAAAAAAGCCGUACAAUCCUAUACUUGGUGAGACUUUCCGCUGCAUGUGGAUUCAUCCAAGGACGAAUAGCAAGACGUUUUACAUUGCAGAACAGGUGUCACAUCAUCCUCCAAUAUCUGCCUUCUAUGUUAGUAACCGCAAGGAUGGUUUUUGCCUUAGUGGUAGCAUUCUGGCCAAAUCAAAAUUCUAUGGGAAUUCAUUAUCUGCCAUUCUAGAUGGAGAAGGAAGGCUAACAUUCCUAAACAGGGGAGAAGAUUAUGUAAUGACAAUGCCAUAUGCUCACUGUAAAGGAAUUCUUUAUGGCACAAUGACCUUAGAGCUUGGGGGAACAGUCAACAUCACCUGUGAGAAAACUGGCUACAGUGCAACAAUUGAAUUCAAACUCAAGCCUUUUUUGGGUAACAAUGACAGUGUUAACCAAAUAUCAGGGAAAAUUAAGCUUGGCAAAGAAGUUCUGGCUAUUUUGGAGGGUCACUGGGACAGUGAAGUUACUAUUAGUGACAAGAAGACAGAUGUUUCAGAGACAUUUUGGAACCCAACAUCUGAUAUCAAGCAGCGUAGAUUACCUAGAUACACAGUGAAGUUUGAAGAGCAAGAUGACUUUGAAUCAGAGAAGCUUUGGCAACAAGUGACAAGAGCAAUAAAUAAUAAAGACCAAACAGAAGCUACUCAAGAGAAAUACAUUCUGGAAGAAGCUCAGAGAAGGAGUGCCAAAGAGAGGAAACUUAAGGGUGAAGAGUGGACGUGCAAGCUGUUCGAUCAGGAUUCAGUCACAGGCGAAUGGCACUACAAAUAUGCAGAUACCAGACCAUGGGACCCUUUGAAUGAUAUGAUCCAAUUUGAAAAAGAUGGCACCAUCCAAACAAAAGUUCGACAUCGGACACCAAUGGUUAGUGUUCCAAAAAUCAAACGAAAGCCAGCCGGCCAGAAGAAAGGAGAGUGUGGUUUCUCAUCCCCGGAGCCUGAUAACCAGGAUUCCUCUGGGAGUGAAGCACAACUUCUGAAGCAUAAUACAAGAAUAAGAAAAAAAGGGGCAGAUCUUGGUGAACUGCAGAGUGCCAUUGAAUCUAUAAAGGAAACACAAGAAGAAAUUAAGAGGGACAUUAUGGCUCUGCGAAACAGAGUCGCUUCUAAUGCACCACCUGUGGACUACCAUUUCUUGCAGUUUAAGCACUAUGUCUUCAUUUCACUCGUGGUUCUGCUACAGCUUACCAUUAAUUUCUUGUUCAAAUAGGAAAUGUGAACAAGGGCCUUUCUGAACUGGAAUGAUCAAACUGUUACUGGGGACCAUAUUUUAAGUCACACUUUAAAUGAUGCAAUAUUAUCUAAAAGAGCCCUGUAGCAACAGCUUACAGAACUUUGCCUCAGCAUCCAUGGUUCAGAAUCAUACUCCCGUCUACCCAGUUGAAGUAAGAAUUGUGUAAGUGCCAGUACACUCUUGCUCCUGGUGUGUGCCUCUGUCUCACAGACAUAUGACAUCAGCCUUGUGUUUUCUAUUACGUCAUACGCUGUACCGAUGAAUCUUC